AUGUCGACAAAUUCAUAUGAAAGAACUAUCACCACCAUUGCCCCACAGCCGGCCACUACCUCCAAUCCCCUAUCCUCGGCACAUCACUUUGUGUCGAUAAAAUUAACCUCCAGAAAUUACCUGUUUUGGCGUACGCAGCUACUCUCGUUCCUCCAGGGUCAAGAGCUGCUCGGGUAUGUCGACGACGAAAUUGUGUGUCCACCGCCUACUGUCGACGACUCCCCUCCCGGCGACUCCGCAUUCAGCGUGGCCACCACCGGUCCGGUCCUUAAUCCGGCUUACAGGUCAUGGGUGAAGCAAGACCAAUCCAUACUGUUGCUUCUCGUCUCCUCCAUGUCCGACGAGGUGUUACACCUAGCGGUUGGCCGGAACACGGCGAAGGAGGUGUGGGACUCCAUCACUGCCGCCUUGGGCUCUAGCACGCGGGCUCGCUGCUUGAAUCUCCUUGGGCAGUUCCAAUCACUGCGUUAA